AUGGCUUACAUGGUAAUAGGUAACCAUACCGAAUUUCUUAAAGUGCUUGGGACAUUGUGCCAGAAGUACAACCCGAACGAACUACCCUACCACGUUAUCGUCCCAUCAUUACCAGGCUACACACUAUCUUCCGGUCCUCCACUAACCAAGGAUUGGAACACUGAAGACAUUGGGCGGAUCAUGAAUAAACUCAUGAUUGGCCCCGGCUUUGGCUACAUUUCUCAGGGUGGUGACAUCGGAGCUUUCGUGUCUUGGGUGCUUGCUGUUAAUCACAAGGAAUGCCAUGCAAUUCACGUCAAUUUCGCCAUCGGCCAGGAGCCCCAAGGUGUUGUGCAAAGUAACAUUAGCGAUGCCGAGCGACAGGGUUUACGGCGCCUUCAAAUUUUUUUAACGUCAGGAAAUGCUUAUUUUCAAGAGCACAACACAAGACCAGCGACAAUCGUUUAUGUCUUGUCUUCGAGUCCGCUCGCACUACUAGCCUGGAUAGGUGAGAAAUUCAUUGAAUGGACCGACACGACCCCUGACUACGAGGAAAUCCUUGACAGUGUCACGCUAUACUGGUUUACUGAGUCAAUUGCCCGAGGACUCUAUCCUUACAGAACGCCUCACGGCACACCUGGUCUGCAUCCUCUACUCUCUGAUCCGAAGUACUACUGUGAGAAACCACUCGGAUAUUCUUCUUUUCCCCACGAGUUGGGUCCCACGCCUGUCGAAUGGCUGAGGAAAGAGGCAAACCUAGUCUGGCAUAGACUGCAUUCAAAGGGUGGCCACUUUGCGGCCAUUGAGCAACCGGAGCUAUUUCUGGGUGAUAUAGAGGAGUUUAUUCACCAUGUAUUGCCAGCCGCGUGA